AUGACCUCCACCUUCACCAUGCUGAGAGUCUUCCCUGUCCAAAAACAUCAGCCUGCUAACUGCAGCCACCAGCAGCUGUCACCUGAUGAACGCCGCCUGCUGGACUCCAUCGCUUGGCCUGAAACCCCUCCCCUCCCUGUGCCCAUAUCCCUGAAGGCAACCUCUGACCCCACCCACAGCACCUUCACAAUCCUGCCGGUGAGGGCAGGAGGUCAGUGGUAUGUCGGCGAUGAGCUGGAGGCUCUAAUCCAAAUUGGUGACUUCCAGGGUCGUCCAAAACACUUCGGGGGAGAUUUCCUGGUUGCCCGGCUGCAUGACCAGACCCUCGGUGCAGGCGUGGCCGGGCGAGUGGUGGACCACCUGAAUGGCUACUACACCGCUGUGUUUCCAUUACUAUGGGAGGGACGAGCACAAGUUGAGGUGACGCUGGUUCACCCCAGUGAGGCCAUCACGGUGCUGCGCAGGCUGAACAUGGAGUACCCAGACCGAGUUGAGUUCAAGAGCCUCUUCCGCUCCGGCUCUGUCUCUGAAACAAUGGUUUGUAACAUCUGCCUGCCUCAAAACCAACCACUGUGCAACUACACCGACCUCCACACGGGGGAGCCGUGGUUCUGCUACAAGCCAAAGAAUCUGAGCUGUGAUACCAGGAUCAACCACUAUAAAGGAUAUGUGAGUCAAAACCUCAUGGCCAAGGAGGAGACGCUCUUUGAAAGUGGGGUCAACAUGAAAGUCUCCAUUCAUGCAUCAGGGCCUGACAAAGUAACUGUGCUGCCAAAGGAGCAAGGACAACCAGAGGUGAAGAGCAGCACCGUGAAGCCUGAACCUGCUGGAUAUUACUACCAGGGUGCAUGGCGAGCACUGGGGGGUGCCACAGUUCAUCAGUUCAACGACGCCUCUGCCAUCAGCCAGUGUCUGACAGACAAGGUGGUGCACCUGUACGGCGACUCCACCAUGAGACAGUGGUUUGAACACCUCAGCAGAGUUCUGCCAGACCUCAAGGUGUUUAAUUUGCACAGCAGCAUGCAGUGUGGACCCUUCAUGGCUGUGGACACGGCCCGAAACAUCUUGGUGAAGUUUCACUGCCACGCCCCUCCAAUCCGUUCCUACACCGUCUCAUCCAUCAAACUCAGCUAUGUUGCCAACGAGCUGGACUGGCUGGUUGGAGGCUCCAACACUGUCGUGGUUUUCACCAUCUGGGCUCACUUUGGCACUUAUCCCGUCGGGGUGUACCUACGGCGACUUCAGAGCAUCCGCAAGGCGGUGCAGCGGCUGCUGGACAGAGCUCCUGACACGCUGGUGGUCAUCCGGACAGGAAACCUCAAGGCCUUGAAUCUUGACGUGGCGCUGAGCAAUAGUGACUGGUACUCCCUGCAGCGGGAUAAGGUGCUCCGGGCCGUGUUCAAAGGGCUGAACGUUCGCCUGGUGGAUGCCUGGGAUAUGGUCCUGGCCCACCAUUUGCCCCAUGACCUUCACCCGCCGCCCCCCAUUAUCAAGAACAUGAUAGACGUCCUCUUGUCCUACAUAUGCCCGCCAAAAAAUGGCUAAGUGGGCCUCAUUUAUCAGUUUAUAAGUUUUGUACAAAGGACUGCAGAUUUGAGUGCCAAGAAGCACUAAAAAAUUGCUCCAUGUGCAAUUUAUGAAACAGUCACACCUCCUCAAAACGACCAAUGAUCAUAUUGAUCACACUAAGUGAGAGAAUUGAUAUUUAUCUCAAAAUCAAACAUUUUACUCGCGGUUGAAAAAUUACACACUCUCAGAUGAGACACCAAAGAUGAAACAGGUAAAUGACAAUCCUGUUGGUGAAAUGAGCAAACAUUAUAACUUAUAUUUCAUCCUACACCACUUUGAGAAAUGAUCCACAGUGUAUGCUUAAGAGUCUAUUUAGCACACCGGAGCCACUGAUCUACCAGGGACACAUGAAUGACAUUUGUCUCUGACACAGCAGGUCGAUUGGCCGAGCAGGCCGCUAUCUGAAAAACUGAAUUACUUCACCAGUUACUGCAGGUAAAAGUAAUUAGU